GGAGGCAAUGCAUGGUAGAAGCUCUAGCAAUGAAGUAGAAGUCCGAGAUGACGAGCGCAUUGAGGACGAUUUGAGAAUGCUGGAACUUCGACUUCGGCAGUGGCAGCGGCAAAGGCAGCAUUUAAAUGAAGAUUCGAAACCCCUAUCUGUGCUACUGGUUAUCAGUGACUUCGACAGGAAAAUGCAACUUGACAAAGAGCAGCACAUUUUCACCAAGCAUGAGCGUCAGACGUUGAAGAACAAACACACUUUAAUGUUGUCAUCAGUAGACUCCCUAUGGGAUAAGUGGGGCUCUAGAGGAGAGCGAGUGUUGGAUGAUAAAAUAUUUACAUCAUGGGAUGGUGACAGGCUUCAUAGUGUGGUGACAGAUCUCUCCUGUAGGCUAGCGCAUGCCUACAUCUCAUCUAAUCCUUCUAAUGCUGCCUAAAGCAUCGUUGUGACAUUCUUUUGUGGUUCGAAGGUUCGCAAAAACUCGAUGAUUUUAUGUUUUUUCUUCCCUGGCUGUGUCCUCCAUCUUGUCGUUAUACGUGUACCUGAUACUGUCUGCUGCUGGUCACAGAGUGAUGUCGAUCGUACUCCUACUGAGUGGAGCUCUUCAUCACCUGUUGACUACGUGGUGGUAGUAUCAAUGAACUGAUGAUGAUUUGAUACUAUUACCGUCCUACUACUACUUCCGUCCAAAGUACUGGGUACAUUGCUUGUUCCUAUGCUCGUUGUGGCAUAUAAGUCAAAUUGUCAUGUUGUUGUUGUUAUGGUGUGUCUAUGUAG